CGUGGAGGCGGAACUGGCGCGGCGUCCAAUCGGGUGUAGCGGCGAGGCCGGCGCUCACCUGCGGACCCACUGGUCAAAGCCAAGGCCCCGGAGCCGGUCAAGACCUCGGGAGCAGAAGCCCAGCGCGCGAUGCUGAGUCUCUCCCCGUGCCCCUGGACAGAUCUGUUCUUCCUGCUUUUGAGCCUCGGCGCUGCCCUCUACUUGGGCUACUACUGGGCAUGUGUGCCCCAGAGGCCCCAACUGGUGACUGGGUCCCGGUUUCUGGCCUUCCUGGAGCAACACUGUCCAAUCACUGUGGAAACUUUCUAUCCUACGCUAUGGUGUUUUGAGGGGCGGCUACAAACCAUCUUCCGAGCCUUACUGCAUCCUCGGCCUCCAGUCUCUUACUGGAGUGAAGUCCUCCACACUCCAGAUGGAGGACAGCUCCUGCUAGACUGGGCUGGCCAGCAGGACAGCUGUCAAUGCCCUGACCCUGCCACCCAGCCCAUUGUGUUACUGCUUCCUGGCAUUACAGGCAAUAGCCAGGAGACAUAUAUCUUGCAUCUAGUUGACCAAGCUUUGAGGGAUGGUUAUAGGGCUGUUGUACUCAAUAACCGGGGCUGCCAUGGGGAAGAACUGCUGACCCACAGGACCUUCUGUGCCAGCAAUACUGAAGAUCUGGAGACAGUCGUGAACCACAUAAAGCACCGCUACUCCCAAGCUCCACUGCUGGCCGUGGGCAUCUCUCUUGGAGGGAUAUUAGUGCUGAACCACCUGGCACGAAUGGGGCAGGCUGCAGGGCUGGUGGCAGCACUGACGCUAUCUGCUUGCUGGGAUUCCUUUGAGACCACCAGCUCCCUGGAGACCCCGCUCAACUCACUGCUCUUUAAUCAGCGCCUCACUGCUGAGCUCUGCCGAGUUGUGGACCGAAAUAGAAAGGUGAUGGAAAAGGAGGUCAAUGUAGACUUUGUGAUACAGGCCCGCACAAUCCGUCAAUUUGAUGAGCGCUACACAGCUGUGGCCUUUGGCUAUAAAGACUGUACUACCUACUACCAGGCAGCAAGCCCAAGAACCAAAGUGGAUGCCAUCCAGACACCUGUGCUCUGCCUCAAUGCAGCGGAUGACCCCUUCUCCCCGGCCCAUGCCUUUCCUCUACAAGCUGCCCAACAAUCUCCCCACGUCGCACUGCUCGUCACAGCCCAGGGCGGCCACAUCGGCUUCCUGGAAGGCUUGCUCCCCUGGCAGCACUGCUACAUGAGCCGCCUCUUCCAUCAGUACGCCAGAGCCAUCUUCCAGCACUCAGCGGAACUGCUGGGCCACGGGGCGCUGUCACCGUCUGCGGGAGGCAAGAGCUGACCACAGUGCCAGUUGGGUCUCAGUUCAGUCUUCCCUGUUUAUUAAAUAUCAGCUUUUCCUGUCGAA